UUAUAUUUCUUUAACUAGAUAAUAAAUAAUUAAUAGAAAUUAUUAUAUAUAUUACAGAAGAAAAUAACUUAACUUGUGGGUGGCUUUUAUCUGAAUGUAUAAGGAAAAUUUAAUAAAUAAAAAAUAUCGAAAAUAUAUAGGUUGCUUAAUUAAUAACUAAAAAUUAAAAUAUUCUUUUUGAUUUUUAUUUAACUUAAUACCAUAAAUCUUUAUAACCUAUUUAGAAUGGUGAAAUUUUGAUUCCUUAUUAUGAAAGUUCUGCUUUUUAAAUUAACUCUAAAAUCGAAUUAAAUUUAAAUUAUUUUGAAGUUCUUUUAUAAAUAGGUUAAGGUGGAUAUAGUAAAGUAUAUUUAGCAAAAAGAAAAGACAAUGGUCAAUUUGUGGCUUUAAAAGUAAUAUAAAAAUAAUAAAUAAUAGACCGAAAUAAGGAAAUAUAUAUCUAUAAUGAAAAAAAAGUAAUGGAAAUAAUAAAGGACAGUGAUUAUUUUGUUAAAAUAUAAUAUUCUUUUUAAACAAAGCAUAAAUUAAUUUUCGUAUUAGAAUAUUGCCCUGGAGGUGAAUUAUUUUAUCAUUUAGAAUAAAAAAGUAAAUUUUCAGAAGAAGAAUCUAAAUUUUAUUUUGCUUAAAUACUCCUUUCUUUAGAAUAUUUACAUUAAAAAAAUAUUAUAUAUAGAGAUUUGAAACCUGAAAAUAUAAUUUUGGAUAUGGAAGGUUAUAUUAAAAUUACCGAUUUCGGAUUAAGCAAAGUCCUCAACAAUAAAGAAGAUUUAAAUUAUACAUAUUGCGGAAGCUAUGAAUAUAUGGCACCAGAAAUGCAUAUGAGAACAGGACAUGGAUUAAACUAUGAUUAUUAUACACUAGGGGUCAUGCUUUAUGAGUUAAAUGCUGGAAUUCCGCCUUUUUAUUCAUCAGAUAAAAUACAAAUGAAGGAAAAAGUGCUUAAUUAAGAACUAAAGUUCCCACCUUAUUUUUCUAAAGAAUUAAAGGAAAUUAUUAGUAUGUUAUUAUGUAAAAAUAACAAAAAAAGAGUAAAUAAUAUCAAUGAAAUAAAAAAAUUAAGUUGGUGCAAAAAUAUAAAUUUCAAAGAAAUUUAAGAAAAAAAAAGGUUGCACCUUUAAAACCUUAGAUUUUAAAUAAACUUUAAUUUGACUUUUAAUAUUUAGAUAAUACAAGUAUUUACUAAUUAAAAUAAUCUAAUAAAAAUUUGUCUUUUUCAAAUAAUAAUAAUAAUAAUUAUUCGUUUAAUAGUUUUAAUUAAAAUGAUAGUACAUGUUCUAAAAUGA